CUUUCAUUUUUACACACCAUCUCAUACACUUCUUUAAUCCAUUUUAUCUUGUAAUUUGUAUAUUAAAAAAUUAUAGAAAUUAUAUAUUAAUAAUCUAUAUGUUAAGACAAAUCAAACAAGAUCACACAUGACUAUAUUUAGGCUUACACAUUGAGAGAAUUUGAUUAGUCAAAGUGCUUAGAUGAACAAUUCCAAAAGCCAAAAUUGGACGAAUACUCCGGGACGGAGGAAAAUUUUUUUUAGUAUAUUUUCAAUGUUUUAGUCUUAUUUGGUCUUUGUUCAUCCUAGCUUUUUUAACUAAUUAAUUGACUUGUAAUAACAGAGUGAUGCAUACCAAGCAACAGGAUGUUACAACCUCCUAUGCGCCGGAUUUGUGCAGACAAACAGCCGGAUCGCCAUCGGCGCCUCCAUCUCUCCCAUCUCCGCCGUCGAUUCCAGCCAAUAUGACAUCACCAUCCUCAUCUGGAAAGAUCCGAAGCUGGGGAAUUGGUGGAUGGGGUUCGGGGACAACACCCUGGUCGGGUACUGGCCGGCGGAGCUGUUCACGCACUUGGCGGACCGGGCGACCAUGGUCGAGUGGGGCGGGGAGGUGGUCAACUCUCGGGUCACGGGCGAGCACACGUCCACCCAGAUGGGCUCGGGCCUGUUCGCGGAAGAAGGGUUCCGAAGGGCGAGCUAUUUCCGGAACCUGGAGGUCGUGGAUUCGGAUAACAGCUUGAGUUCGGUUCGGGUCAUAUCCACCCUCGCGGAGAACACCGAUUGCUACGAUAUCAAGAGCUCCUUUAGCGACGAAUGGGGAACCCAUUUCUAUUACGGCGGGCCGGGUAGAGGCCCGAAUUGCAAUUGACCUCUUCUUUUUUCUUUAUUCUUAUGCUCCCUAAUUAUUAUGUGCACGCCCAAAUUUGUUUUUCGAUAGCAAAAAAGAAAAAAAAAACAAUUCCUCUCACAUACAAGGUUUAACUUCUAGCAAAUUCGUCUUUCUCUUGCAUCUCCAAUAGGUCUUGCCCAUGGGAACAUACAUAUAACAAGACAUGCAUUAGGGAGUAAUAUUAAGAAUAAUUAAAUAUGAAGCAAUCAUUUUGGAGCUACUAAAUACUCAUUUUGGAACAAUUGCAUACUCAUUUUUGAAUUACUAGAUACCCAGUUUUCUAAAUUUCAGUUAUACUCGUAAAUAAGUAUUCAGUUACUCAAAAAAUGAGUGUUCAAUUA